GAUUGAUCAUAACUUAUGAUUGAUAACAGCCUAAAAGCAGACCGUUGCUCCGAAAGAUAUGGGCAGAAGAUUUAUAUACCAACUCAAAAGAGAUUAGUGCUUUGCCGGCGUGAGGCCACCAAGCUCUAUGCAACUGUUGAUCUAGACAAGGCCAGGGUUGGAAGGACUAGACUGAUAGAAAACAAGCCCUCGAACCCUUGUUGGAACGAAUCCUUUCUAAUAUACUGUGCUCAUACGGUCUCUGAAGUUGUAUUCAUGGUCAAGGACGAUAAUCCUAUCGGUGCAACACUGAUCGGAGGAGCUUAUUUGCCUGUGACGGACAUCAUCAGCGGAUAUGUGGUGAUCAGAUGGAUUCAGAUACUGGAUGAAGACCAUGUUCCAGUCCACGGAGGUUCUAGAAUCCAUGUGAGGCUCCAAUUUCUUAAUGUCACUCGAGACAGUAAUUGGUCUCAAGGAAUCAAGAAUCUGUUCGGAGAAGUCCCUCGCACCUUCUUUAUGCAGAGGAAGGGCUGUAGAGUUACACUGUACCAAGAUGCCCAUGUCCCCGAUUUCUAUCUCUCUGGAGAUUUCAAGACAGAGCAGAGUCAGGCUGAUAUGUUUGACCCCAGACUUCAGGCGAAAAUUCUGAAUGUAGUCGAUGUUUCUUAUGGAGGGGAAAACGGUUUCAAUCAGGCAAUUGAGUUGUCCUCUGAAAUCCUUUCAAAUGUGAAGUUUAUUCAGGAGAAGCGCUUGAUGGGGAAGUACUUUGAGGAGAUCAGUCAGGAUACUGGGAAAUAUGUAUUUGGCGUAGAGGACAUGCUGAAAACUUUGGAGAUGGGUGCGGUUGAGACGCUUAUUGUGUGGGAAAAUCUGGACAUUAAUAGGCGUGUGCUGAAAAAUACCACUUCGGGUGAAAUAGUUAUAAAGCACAUGAACAAGGAACAAGACUCCAUCCAAAGUAACUUCCGAGAUCCAGAGACCUCUGUUGAGUCGGAAGUUCAGGAAAAGAUGUCACUUUUGUAGUGGUUUGCCAAUGAGUACAUGAAAUUGGUUGCACCUUGGAGUUUGUCACCAAUAAAUCACAAGAGGGGUCUCAGUUCUGCAGAGGUUUUGGUGGGAUCGGAGGAAUCCUUCGUUACCAGCUCGAUGUUCGAGCUUUCGACGACCUUUCUGAUGGAGAAGUCUAUGAAGACUCUGAAUAGCAAUCAAUAACUGUUACCCGAUCUGGUGCAGGAAUGUGGGGCAAAAUCCUGCACCAUAUGCGCGAGCUCUCGUGCUUCUUUCUGCUGCUCCACAAAGUUUCAAAAGUUCCCAAUUAAGGUAUGCACCUGAACUCUGGAACAUAACCCAUCCUAUUGUUAGUCAGUCAUCCCUAAGUUACAUGGCCUGAGGGUGUCAAUAGCGGCUGUGCCCAAUGUGGCAGGCAUGCUUGUGAGUAGUGAAUAGCAGGGGAAACCCGCAAUUCAUGAGAAAGAUGGCAAAAUUUGUUAAGGAGAAAGGAAAAUUUGGAAAUCUCACCAUAUAUUAUUAUUAGCUCAAUAAACAAUUGCAAUUCAACCAAA